UUUUCAGUGUUACAGAUGAGAACUGGACUGAAAAAAGGGGGAAUUAAUAACUUUUCAUCUUGUAUCUUUUAAGUUUGGGUUCAUUGACAGGAUGAAUGCCAAAUGGAUUAUAUCAAUUUCCCUGAUUCUGACAGUUGCUGUGGAUGUGGGAACUGCACAAACUACAUCUGCCCUGACAACAGAAACAUCUGGUGUGACUAUUAAUGAAGCAACUACAACUCCUGCUCCGACAACAACUACACAAACGGCAACAACUGCUGGUUUGACAACAACAACACAUGAUCCGGAAACAACUGCAAUGACCACUGCAACUGCAGAAACACCAACUACUGAGGCAACAACAACCCCAAUACAGAUGACAACCGUAGAAAUGAUACCUGCAGCCACAACGACGGCUCCUACCGCAACAACAAAUGCACAAACAACAUUAGCUUCAAAAACAACUGUAGCAGAAACAACUCCUGCUUCAACAUCUACUCCUACACCAACUGAAGAAACAUCUGCUACAACAACACCUGCUUCAACAACUCCUGCUUUGACAACAACUGCACAAACAACACCUGCAUCAACAACAACUGUAGCAGAUACAACUCCUGCUUCAGCAACAACAGCUACUCCUUCACCAAUUGCAGAAAUAACAUCUGCUACAACAACAACACCUGCUCUAACAACACCUGCGGAAACCACAACUUUUGCUUCUACAACUGCAGUGAGAACAACACCAGCUUCUGCAACAACAGCUACUGCAACAACAGCUACUCCUACAACAACUGCACAAACAACAACGCCUGCAUCAACUACAAUGACUGUAGCCACUACAACUCCUCCUUCGACAACUGCACAAACAACACCUGCUUCAACAACAACUGUAGCAGAUACAACUCCUGCUUCAACAACAACAGCUACACCUACAACAACUGCGGAAAUAACAUCUGUUGCAACAACUGCAGAAACCACAACUCCUGUUGUGACCACAACUGCACAAACAACAACACCUGCAUCAACAACUGUAGCCAAUACAACUCCUGCUUCCACAACUUCUGCUUCUACAACUGCAAUAACAACACCAGCUUCAACAACAACUGUAGCAGAUACAACUCCUGCGUCAACAACACCUGCUUUUACAACAACUGUACCAGAUACAACUACUGCUUCAACAACAACAGCUUCUCCUACACCAACUGCAGAGACAUCUACUCCAACAACACCUGCUACAACUCCUGCUUCUACAACAACUGCACAAACAACAACUGUAGUGGAUACAACACCUGCUUCAACAACAGCUACACCUAAAACAACUUCACAAACAACAAGACCUGCAUCAACUACAACAACUGUAACCGCUACACAAACAACUGUAGCAGAUACAACACCUGCUUCAACAACAACAGCUACUCCUACAACAACUGCACAAACAACGCCUGCAUCAAGUACAAUAACUGUAGCCACUACAACUCCUCCUUCGACAACUGCACAAACAACACCUACUUCAACAACAACUGUAGCAGAUACAACUCCUGCUUCAACAACAACAGCUACUCCUACACCAAUUGAAGAAAUAACAUCUGCUACAACAACACCUGCUAUAACAACACCUGCGGAAACCACAACUUUUGCUUCUACAACUGCAGUGAGAACAACACCAGCUUCUACAACAGCUAUUCCUACACCAGCUGCAGAAACAUCUGCUAAAACAGCACCUGCUACAACAACUCCUGCUUCGACAACAACUGCACAAACAACAUUUGUUAAUACAAAUGCAGAAACCACAUCUCCUGUUCUGACAACUACUGUACAAACAAAACCUGCAUCAAAAACAACAACUGUAGCAAAUACAACACCUACUUCAACAACUGCACAAACAACACCUGCUUCAACAACAACUGUAGCAGAUACAACUUCUGCUUCAACAACAACAGCUACACCUACAACAACUGCGGAAAUAACAUCUGUUGCAACAACUGCAGAAACCACAACUCCUGUUGUGACCACAACUGCACAAACAACAACAACACCUGCAUCAACAACUGUAGCCAAUACAAUUCCUGCUUUGACAACAACUGCAGAAACAACACCUGCUUCAACAACAACGGUAGCAGAUACAACACCUUCUUCAACAACAACAGCUACUCCUACACCAACUGCAGAAACAACAUCUGCUCCAACAACAACACCUACAGAAACCACAACUUCUGCUUCUACAACUGCAAUAACAACACCAGCUUCAACAACAAUUGUAGCAGAUACAACUCCUGCGUCGACAACACCUCCUGCUUCAUCAACAACCGUAGCCAAUACAAUUCCUGCUUCGACAACAACUGCAGAAACAACACCUUCUUCAACAACAACGGUUGCAGAUACAACACCUUCUUCAACAACAACAGCUUCUCCUACACCAACUGCAGAGACAACAUCUGCUACAACAGCACCUGCUACAACUCCUGCUUCGACAACAACUGCACAAACCACAACUCCUGUUGUGACCACAACUGCACAAACAACAACAACACCUGCAUCAACAACUGUAGCCAAUACAAUUCCUGCUUCGACAACAACUGCAGAAACAACACCUACUUCAACAACAACUGUAGCAGAUACAACUCCUGCUUCAACAACAACAGCUACUCCUACACCAAUUGAAGAAAUAACAUCUGCUACAACAACACCUGCUAUAACAACACCUGCGGAAACCACAACUUUUGCUUCUACAACUGCAGUGAGAACAACACCAGCUUCUACAACAGCUAUUCCUACACCAGCUGCAGAAACAUCUGCUAAAACAGCACCUGCUACAACAACUCCUGCUUCGACAACAACUGCACAAACAACAUUUGUUAAUACAAAUGCAGAAACCACAUCUCCUGUUCUGACAACUACUGUACAAACAAAACCUGCAUCAAAAACAACAACUGUAGCAAAUACAACACCUACUUCAACAACUGCACAAACAACACCUGCUUCAACAACAACUGUAGCAGAUACAACUUCUGCUUCAACAACAACAGCUACACCUACAACAACUGCGGAAAUAACAUCUGUUGCAACAACUGCAGAAACCACAACUCCUGUUGUGACCACAACUGCACAAACAACAACAACACCUGCAUCAACAACUGUAGCCAAUACAAUUCCUGCUUUGACAACAACUGCAGAAACAACACCUGCUUCAACAACAACGGUAGCAGAUACAACACCUUCUUCAACAACAACAGCUACUCCUACACCAACUGCAGAAACAACAUCUGCUCCAACAACAACACCUACAGAAACCACAACUUCUGCUUCUACAACUGCAAUAACAACACCAGCUUCAACAACAAUUGUAGCAGAUACAACUCCUGCGUCGACAACACCUCCUGCUUCAUCAACAACCGUAGCCAAUACAAUUCCUGCUUCGACAACAACUGCAGAAACAACACCUUCUUCAACAACAACGGUUGCAGAUACAACACCUUCUUCAACAACAACAGCUUCUCCUACACCAACUGCAGAGACAACAUCUGCUACAACAGCACCUGCUACAACUCCUGCUUCGACAACAACUGCACAAACAACACUUACUCCAACAACACCUGCUACAACUGCUGCUUCAACAACAGCUACACCUACAACAGCUUCACAAACAUCAAGACGUGCAUCAACUACAACAACUGUAACCGCUACACAAACAACAACUGUAGCAGAUACAACACCUGCUUCAACAACAACAGCUACUCCUACAACAACUGCACAAACAACAACACCUGCAUCAAGUACAAUAACUGUAGCCACUACAACUCCUCCUUCGACAACUGCACAAACAACACCUGCUUCAACAACAACUGUAGCAGAUACAACUCCUGCUACAACAACAACAGCUACUCCUACACCAAUUGCAGAAAUAACAUCUACUACAACAACAACACCUGCUUUAACAACACCUGCGGAAACCACAACUUUUGCUUCUACAACUGCAGUGAGAACAACACCAGCUUCUACAACAGCUAUUCCUACACCAGCUGCAGAAACAUCUGCUCCAACAGCACCUGCUACAAGAACUCCUGCUUCGACAACAACUGCACAAACAACAUUUGUUACUACAAAUGCAGAAACCACAUCUCCUGUUCUGACAACUACUGCACAAACACCAACUGUACAAACAACAACACCUGCAUCAACAACAACUGUAGCCAAUACAAUUCCUGCUUCGACAACAACUGCAGAAACAACACCUGCUUCAACAACAACUGUAGCAGAUACAACACCUUCUUCAACAACAACAGUUACUCCUACAUCAACUGCAGAAACAAGAUCAACACCUGCUACAACAACACCUACAGAAACCACAACUUCUGCUUCUACAACUGCAAUAAUAACACCAGCUUCAACAACAAUUGUAGCAGAUAAAACUCCUGCGUCGACACCUCCUGCUUCUACAACAACUGUAGCAGAUACAACUCCUGCUUCAACAACAGUUACUCCUACACCAACUGCAGAAACAUCUACUCCAACAACACCUGCUACAACUCCUGCUUCUACAACAACUGCACAAACAACAACUGUAGCGGAUACAACACCUGCUUCAACAAAAGCUACACCUACAACAACUUCACAAACAACAAGACCUGCAUCAACUACAACAACUGUAACCGCUACACAAACAACUGUAGCAGAUACAACACCUGCUUCAACAACAACUGUAGCAGAUACAACUCCUGCUUCAACAACAGCUACUCCUACACCAACUGCAGAAACAACAUCUGCUCCAACAACACCUCCUGAUUCUACAACAACUAAGACAUAA